UAUUUUUUACCCUGAACCAAUCGCUGAAAAGCUCUUAUCUUAGAUGUAGCUUAGAUUGUGUUGGGCACCAUUUUUUCCACUGAUCUGUAUCGGUAUAGCAAGUAUAACCGUCCUUUGGCGCAACACACCAGCUACAUGUAUGCUGAAGUCCUUUUCCGUUCGAACUCUUUGGGUAGAAUUUGUGGGAUUUCUGAGGACCAAAAUUCAAGAGCAAUGGCUUCACCAGACUCUCUACAAGAAGAAUUCAUGGAGGAAUCCCUCACUUGUUCUUCCUGCAAGAACACCUACAACGACCCUCGAGUCCUGCCAUGUCUUCACUCUGUCUGUGCCACGUGUCUCGUAGCGGCACAGAAGGAAGAGAGCCUGUUCACCUGCCCUACCUGCCAGAACCAGGUAACACUAAAGGGUGAAGAUUCGGUCGACAGUUUUCCUACCAAUUUCUACAUCAAGAACUUGCUGAACUCAAGGAUGCUACAGAACAGCGAAGAAGCCAAGUGUGAGAUGUGUAAGUCUGGGGCGAAGGUGGAGGGGACAUGCGGUGACUGUAGGCUUCUGCUGUGUGGGAACUGUGUAACAGCACACACAAACUCACCAGCCCUGAAGGAACAUUACAUAAUCACCCUGGAUGACCUGACAAACCCCAGCAGUAGGGCAAAGUUCACAGGAGCGGAGUACUGUUCAAAACACCCUGACAUGCGCACAACAUUCUACUGCGCGCCCUGCUCCAAGCUCGUGUGCCAACACUGCACCGUCACUGAACACCGAGAGGGCUGGAAGCACAGUCCACGAAAAAUCAGUGAACUGGCUCAGAAGUGCAAGUAUGAGCUACAGACACUGGUGCAGAAAACCCAGGACACAACCGACACCCUGAAGAACACAAGGGACACCAUCGGGAAAGAAAUGAAGUGUGUCGCAGCAAACUGUCAAGCGGAGAGGACCAAAAUCCGGGAAUAUUUUGUACAGCUGAGGGCUAAACUGGACAAGGCAGAGCAGGACGUCAUAGACAAGCUAGCUAAGAUGGAAGAGGCACAGCUAGAAACUCUGGCAAAGGAAAAAGAAGGUUUCAAAGAGACUUUGAGAUCUACCGAAGAAGGAGUCAAGUUCUGCACAGAUGUUCUAGCUAGGAACAGUGAUGCAGAGAUUGUGACCCUUAAAAAACAGCUAGAAAACAGGCUGAAGCAUCUUGGUAACACCGCAAAUCAGGUCAAGCACGAACCACUAAAAAAGCAUGUAACGUUCCAGCCUAGUGGUGAGAUUAAGUGUGACUUGAACCUGACUUGUAAGCCGCUAGUUGUCACAAAAGCCCCAGUAGAAAGCCUGCCAACUACUGUGGUGUUCAGGCCAGAGAAAGGCCAAGUUCAGGGAAGUCCACAAGUCACUGUCACCUCUCCUGGGGGGCAGUGCGUUAUGUUAGAGACCACCAAAGUCAGCGAGGGGUGUUUUGAAGCCGAGUGGAGGCCGCAAACAUCAGGGAAGCAUGUGGUGGGGGUGGCUACAGAGGGCAAGCGGGGUUGGGGGAGGGGUACAGCCCCUUUAAUUGUGGACGUGAGAAGUAACAACCCUGUUUUAAAAUUUGGGAAGAAGGGAAGCCAGGAGGGUGAUUUUGACAGGCCUCUAGAUGUAGCAGUCUGGGGGGAGAGGCUGUAUGUUGCUGAUACUUUCAACAAGCGUGUUCAGGUGUUUGACAUCAGUGGGGAGUUUUGCUUCUCGUUUUCAACAACUUCUAACCCAGAGUCGCUUGCAGUUCAGACUAGCGAUGGCACCAUAAUUGUGCAGUGUGGGGAAGAAGUGAUGAAGUUUUCACCAUCAGGAGAGCUGCAGAAGAAACUGCAUCUGGGCGAGCACUGCGCUAACAUUAGUGGGUUGGCAGUACAGAAGGAUGGGGGGGUUGUUGUAGCUGAUUUUAGCCAGAACAUAUUUCUGUUUGUGGAAGCGGAUGGGACGCUUGUGAAACAGGUGGGAGGGCAGGGACCAGGGGAGGGGCAGUUCAAGUCUGUGUCUUUUGUCUGUGUGGAUGAGGAAAGUAACAUCAUCGUGGCAGACACGCUUCAGAACUGUGUUCAGGUGUUUGAUAUCUGUCUGAACUUUAUGACCAAGUUUGGGGAGCAUGGCAUGGAGCCUCAGCAAGUGUGGGGUCCUACAGGGGUGUCAGCUGACAGCAGGGGGAACAUAGUUCUGGCAAAUGUAGGGGACAAGUCUGAUGUAGGUGGUGUAGAGCAUGGCAAGAAGCUUCAGGUGUUCCGCCCAGACGGCACCUGGGUGUCCACCAUCAGCAGUGAUGGGGACAAACUGAACAAACCCCACGGGGUGGCUGUGACAGAGGAUGGACAUGUGUUUGUAGUGGAUUAUGCUGACCACUGUAUCAGGAAGUACAGAUACAUGUGAGGAGCAAAAUUUCUCAAAUGUUUUAGCUUUGUUCUACAAA